AUGGCUUUGGCUUAUGAUGAGAUCGGAGCAGCCGUACAGAAGCGGACCUCUGGCUAUUCAGCCGCCCCCCAUGAUGCCUCGGCGGGCAUCCCGAGCGCCCCAGCGGGCGCCCCGAGUGCCGCGUCCGAUGGCGACCUUGACCGGAAGUUUCAACUCUUGCGGAGCGUGGGUGAGGAGUGUCAGACUGAGGCAGAGCUGCGCGAGCUGCUUGCGAGAAAAAAGGAGUUCAUCCUCUACGAUGGAUUCGAGCCGUCGGGGCGGAUGCACAUUGCACAGGGCCUGUUCAAAGCCAUUAAUGUGAACAAGUGUACAGAAGCCGGCGGCAUUUUCAAGUUUUACGUUGCCGAUUGGUUUGGGCUGAUGAAUGACAAGAUGGGGGGAGACCUCAAGAAGAUCCAGGACACAGGCAUGUACUUUGUGCAUGUCUGGAAAUCCUGCGGCAUGAAGAUGGAAAACGUUCGCUUCGUCUGGACGUCACAGUUCAUCGAAGAGAACGCCACCGAGUAUUGGACGAAGAUGUUGGACAUCAGCCGGGUCACCUCUUUGGUUCGCGUCAAGAGGUGUUGCACCAUUAUGGGCCGUGAAGAGGGAAACCUCACAGCAGCGCAGAUCCUCUACCCGCUGAUGCAGUGCACAGACAUCUUUUUGCUUCGGGCCGACAUCUGCCAACUGGGCUUGGACCAGCGCAAGGUGAACAUGCAGGCACGCGAGUACUGCAGCUCCGUUGGCAUCAAGCACAAGCCGAUCAUCCUGUCGCACCACAUGAUGAUGGGCUUGAAAGCAGGGCAGGCCAAGAUGUCCAAGAGCGAUCCAGACUCCGCGGUCUUCAUGGAGGACACCCCCGAGGACGUGAGGAGGAAGAUCACCAACGCGGCCUGCCCACGUGAGAAGGAGCCCAGGACGUCGAAGCAGAGCGAGUUGACAGGCGAGGUCGACGGGGACAGCGAUGGCAUGGUCCUCAACAACCCGGUGAUCGACUACAUCCGAUACUUGGUCCUAGAGAAUGCCAAGGGCCGAGGGACCAUCACGGUUGAUGGACGUACUUACGACGAGGCCGACAGCUUGGAAAGUGACUUUGUGGCAGGGAAGAUCUCGGAGAAGGGCCUUAAAGAGGCCUGCAUCGAGAAGCUGAACGGCAUCAUGGAGGGCUGCCGCCAGCACUUUGCAAAGGACAAGGAGGCCUCGGACUUGGUGGCCCUUGUGGAGCAGCACAAAGUCGCAGUCCAGAAAGAGAAGGACCAGGGUCAGGUGCGGCCGACGCCGCUCCGCAGCCUGCGCCUGGCAGAGGAGGGCGUGCAAAGUCUGGGCGUGGUCUUCGCUCCGCGCCCGGGCUCGGACCUGGGCGUCACGGCGGAGGCGGUGCUGGCGACGCUCUCGUGCUUGGUCCGGGCCAAGCAGGGCAGGCAUGCGAAGCUGGUACUCUGGUGCGAGGACUGGUCCUGCAUCGCCCUGGACAAGAUGCAAGGGGACCUCAAGGCCAUUGGCGCCUACUACGGCAUUCUGGCAGAUGCUGUGAAAGGCCUGGCGAAGCAAGCGCAGGUCGAGUUCGAGGUGAAGGUCCAGUCAACGGAGAUUCUCCGCGAUCCGAACAUGUACUGGAUCAGCGUCAUCGAUGCCGGGCGACGGAAGCGGAAGGGAAAAAGCGGCGAGGAGCCGGUGAUCGGCCUCGAGGAGGUGGCUGGGCAUUUGCCCGAAGGCGAAGCCUUGACUGAGAGCGGGCAAGUCGUUGCC